GCCUCAGAACCACCGGCCAUGGAGAUACCCAGCAUACUCAUGUCACUCUCCUGAACGAUACUCGAUCCUCCCUUCUCCUCCACAAUGUCAAGAACCUCAAGAUAGCGCGCCUGGGUAGCGCUCAACAGCAGUAAUCAACCAUGAUCGAAUUCAUGGAUUACAUUGUACAUGCGUUCGGCACAUCCACGAACUGGAACCAUGACAACAGCUAUUCAUCAUUGACAGCGACGUCAGAUGGGUUGCUCAGCUUCCAAACUCCCUCGACUCUGGCCCUCCAUGUCUCGUCCUUGAGCACCGGCAACUUUGCCUCAUCCUACACACUAUCCACUCUCGGUCAAAUCGACGGCUCCCUUUCCUACCUAUAUUCGACCGUCCCCUUAGGUCAUCUCCCCUCGCAAACCACCAGUAUUCCCUUGAAGAAGCUCGUCCGAGGCUAUCGAGACGUCCGAUUACCAGUGAAUUUGACCACUGGCCAGAACCAAGACCAUCAAGACAACAAUAAUGUCGAUUACAACGCCCGGAAACCUACACUCCUUCAUGCGACGUUGGCCCUCCCACCUCCAUCGACCCUGACCGCACUAUACGCCCGUCGCAUAAAUCCCGAAACCCUUCUCUCCUUGUCAAUAUAUAGCAAAUCCGUAUCCGGCCCUCUCGCGAGCUCUACACCUCCACCAGCAUCCUGUCUCGCACAUAUCCAACACGACACAGGACGAUAUUCCCUCGAGGGACUAGGUUCAACAGACAGCGCACUACUAGGUGCACGAGGACUAUGGAAUUUCGGAUUAUCACCACCAGAAACCUCCGAACCCAGAUUUGUACAAAAGAACCCCGUCACCGGCGGCGACACCUUCGUUGACUUUCCUUCCGGACUACCUCUCCCUCCUCAAUUAGACGCCUUAUCAAACUACCACAAUCGCCUUGCAUCAAAACCAUCGCUUCUAUCCGCCGGCGCGGAAUUCUACUACAGUCCGUUUUCGCACGUUAUAGGCCUCUCCACUGGUCUACGAUUCACGACCCUCACUCCGCACAUUCUUCCCUCUACAGAAUCAACCACAACAUCCCACUCCAACCCAUCAGUCAUAUCCAAUAAACCCCUCGCGGGAACAUCAUCCUCACUACUCUCCACCGCAGGACACACCCUUCUCACCCCAUCCAACAUCUCCCAUUCUUCAUUCCCAUACACCAUGACUCUGACCUGUACACCAUUAACCGGCUCAAUUUCCUCCUCGUACUCCGUGCGACCCACCCCUACACUGGCACUAUCGUCCCGCUUCGACUUUAAUUUCUAUAGUUGGGAGUCACGAUACGUGGUAGGCGGGGAACUAUGGCGUCGACGGCGCAAGACUCCCUCCGGAGAUACUGAGUCGAGUGAAGAUCCUCUGGCGUGGGCGCGGCAAAAGACUCAAGGCUGGUUUUCGGCGGAGGAACAGGCUCUCAAGGACGAGAGGCUGGACCGCGAAGAGGAGAAUGUGCUGAAGUUUCGCAUGGAUGAUAGUUGGAAUGUGCGUGCUUUGUGGACGGGGAGGGUCAAGAGUUUGUUGGUGAGUGCGGGGGUAAGUGUUGCUCCGGUGGUGAGGACGGGGCUUAGGUCUAUGAAUAGUGGUGGUGGGAUGGAUGGUGAUGGAGGGGGGGUUAAGAAAUGGAGUGGGACUGUGGGUGUCAGUAUUGCUUACUCGACCUGAUGUUGACGUUGAGCGAGAUGAGUAUCAAGACUAUUUGAGUGGACCUUGGAUGAGGAUGAUUUGCAUUUUACAUUAGCGAGGCGUCAGUAUAGUUGGUUGGGAAAAUGUAUGAAGACUAGAUCAUGUCGAACUUGGUGUAUCCUCGAUUUGACAGCAGAUCAAAGAUUC